AUGUCGUCAACCGCCGUGAUAGGGGACGACGACGUCCUGGAGCCUACCCUUCAAUGCCUUCUAGACCAUAAGACCCUUCGAUGGAUAUUUGUCGGUGGAAAGGGCGGAGUCGGCAAAACGACCACUUCAUGCUCGCUGGCCAUACAACUUUCCAAAGUGCGGAAGUCUGUGCUUCUUAUAUCCACAGAUCCCGCUCAUAAUCUAAGUGAUGCUUUCGGUCAGAAAUUUGGCAAGGAAGCUAGACUUAUUGAUGGAUAUGAUAAUCUGAGCGCUAUGGAGAUUGAUCCCAAUGGAAGCAUUCAGGAUUUAAUGGCUAGCGGGGGUGGUGACGGAAAUGACGAUGCUAUGGGUGGGUUUGGUCUAGGUGGAAUGAUGCAAGACCUGGCUUUUAGUAUACCUGGUGUCGAUGAAGCGAUGUCCUUUGCAGAAGUUUUGAAGCAAGUCAAAUCUUUAUCAUAUGAAGUUAUUGUCUUUGAUACUGCUCCUACCGGCCAUACUCUUCGGUUCCUACAGUUCCCAACUGUAUUGGAAAAGGCCCUUUCUAAGCUAUCGCAGCUUUCUGGCCAAUUUGGCCCCAUGCUUAACUCGGUCCUCGGUGCUCGUGGCGGCUUACCAAACGGGCAAAAUCUUGACGAUGUGCUAUCAAAAAUGGAAUCACUACGAGAAACUAUUGCGGAGGUUAACUCUCAGUUUAAGGAUGCUGAUAUGACCACUUUUGUCUGCGUGUGCAUUGCUGAGUUCUUGUCAUUGUAUGAGACUGAGCGCAUGAUACAGGAGCUGACGAGCUACAACAUUGAUACUCAUUGCAUUGUUGUCAAUCAGCUUUUGUUUCCCGGGAAAGAUAAUGCGUGCCAACAGUGUGGCGCAAGACGAAAAAUGCAAAAAAAGUAUUUGAAUGAGAUUAAGGAGUUGUAUGAAGAUUUCAACGUUGUCAGAAUGCCACUGCUUGUUGAAGAGGUCCGUGGGAGAGAAAAGUUGGAAAAUUUCAGUGACAUGCUGAUCCACCCUUUCCAACCGGCCCACGAGGACUAG